AUGGCUACUUCUCAACCAUCUUCCUCUCUCUCAACAUCCGCGACUUUUACUACUACCGCUUCCUCCUCUUCCUCCUCGCCCUUACUGUAUCCAUCUUCCUGCAGCUCUGAUCAUUCUGUUCCUUUGCCUCCUCGUGGUCCCUCCUGGUCUCCUUCCUAUCGUCCGACCUCGCGUGCUCAUGGCCAGUUGGAGAGUUUAAUUGCCAGACACGGUCGUCCAACUCGCUUUUCCCUCUCUUCCCUAGAAGAACUAACAGCCACUACUUCGACAUAUAAUCCUCCCUCGCCGCUUUCCCGUCCCCGUUCCCCUGUCCCGGAGUUUUCAGAUUCCUUCGAGGCCCGCACUAGUUACAGAUCCAAGUCAAGACCCAUCCCAAUUCCUAAGCGGUUUCCCAACUCAUCUGACGACGACCUUCCGGUUACUCCGUUGACCGGCCGGUUUGAAAGAGACUACUUCCCCCCUCGCGAUUUAUCACCGGAAAAGAACCGGGAUCCAUACACUUAUCCUCGUACAAAAAGCCACUGGCCUAGUCGUCGUCCUAGUGAUCAUCAUCGUUCCUCCAGGAUGCGUUCGGAUAGCUCGACCUUCUACUCUUCGGUCGUCUCUCAGCCCAUGCCCUCAUCCGGUUGCUCCGAUUCUCCGCAGCCGUCCCGCUCACGGGCACAGAAUACUUCCAAACCCGCCCCAGUCUUCCAUCUCGACGCCUUGCCGCAGUUUCACCCGGCUGUCUAUCAAUCCCCAAGCAGCUCACAAGCCUUAAGCGGCCAGCCUCCGUCACCACGUCAACCCCUCCAGCAAUUGUAUCGCGUGGGUUCGAGUUCGCGGGACCCUGUUUUGCAGUAUCGCGAGCUGGUGGAAGGCGUUGUGCUGCACAAGGCCCCUUCACGGCCGCUGUCUCCCAGUCCAGCUGCUCCUCGACUAGACCCCCUCCGCAGCCCAGGGCCAGUAACCCCGUUAGCUCUCGAAGAAGCAGGGGGCUAUAUCACUGCUGGGGCCGCGUAUUCAUCGGAGCUUUCCUUACGAACCCUUCAACACUCAGCGCCGGCGCCAGACCUGUUGGAGCGGAUGAUUGCGCGUGAAAGUGAGAGAACUCGACAGAAAGCGAAAAGAACCCCAAGGGGUGGUGAGAAUUUAUAGAGUUUGGUUCUGCGACUACCUUGGGUAUCCGCCCGAAGGACCUUACUCGAACCUGGUAUUGAGGUUACCAUAACCAUGGACAUCUUUACCCUCUGUUCGGUAUGAGCCGGAACUUAAAAAAUUUCGCGCCCUGUAUUCCAAUUCCACUUUAUACCCUGCAUUGUCUUUUCACAACGACAUCUGGAGUUCGGUAUCAUUGCAUUUCAUUAUGUUAUUUUCUUUCUUUUUCUUUUUCUUUCUUUUUUUUUUUUU